AUGGCAUUAAAAAGUGAUGAAAGGCGCUGUGGCCAUCCAGCUGUGCCGCCUAACGCAAGAGUAUCACUUUCAAAUAGUGACAUUGUGCCUGGAACUCUGGCCACAUAUGAAUGUGACGAGGGUUAUGAACUCUUCGGAGGGCAUCAGAAAGAGUGCACCGUUAGGGGCGAUUGGAAAGGAGAUUCACCAUUUUGUGGAACAAAUGUUGCAUUCCGAAAGCCAGCGAAUCAAUCAACAACUGUACGGGGUGGUAUGGCAAGUAAUGGUAAUGAUGGUGAAAAGACAACGGAACAUGAUGGAAAGCGGUGCACGGAGACCCAGAGGGAGGCUUCUCCGUGGUGGCAGGUCGAUCUUCUGCGGCAUUAUGCUGUGAAAGUUGUCAGAGUUACAACGAGAGGUUGCUGUGGUCAUCAACCGUUACAGGACCUCGAGAUUCGAGUGGGGAACAGCAGUACCGAUCUCCAGAGAAAUCCUUUAUGUGCCUGGUUCCCUGGUACCAUAGAUGAAGGAAUAACAAAGACUUUCACUUGUGCCCGACCGCUUAUCGGACAACAUGUGUUUUUGCAACUUGUUGGCGUCGAAGGGUCCCUUUCGCUUUGCGAAGUUGAAGUAUUCACGACAGAGGAAUUUUCGAACGACCGGUGUGCGCCUCCUGGAACCUCAGCUGACGUAGAGCUGGCAGCUUUUUCAAGAACCUGCUACGAGUUUAACGUUGCCAAGGGCGCAUCGUUUGAAGAUGCGAGAAAACAAUGCCAGUCACAUGGUGGUGACUUAAUUAAUGGAUUUCAAGGUGCAACAUCAAGUUAUCUCAUUCAAGAAUUGGAACGUCGUAAAUCACAGCUGAAAACACAACUUGUAUGGAUAGGCGCACAAAAGGAGCCUGGUCUUACGUCCAGAACAUGGAAAUGGGUUGAUGGCGAAAUAGUGUCGAAGCCAACGUGGGGCAAGGAUCAACCAAACAAUUACAAUGGCGAACAAAACUGUGCCGUAUUAGAUGGCGGACGAGCCUGGCUAUGGAAUGAUGUUGGAUGCAAUCUGGAUUAUUUGCACUGGAUCUGCCAGUACCUGCCGCCAUCUUGUGGGAGUCCCGAUAAACUACUAAACACUACCAUCGAAGGGAACAGUUACAAAGUAGGAGCUACAAUUGCUUAUAAGUGUCCAGAAGGCGCAGCCCCUAGCUGCAAAUAUGUCAACUGUGGUGGCCUAUCGUCAAUCCAGGACGGCGAAGUCACAUUAGUAGAAGGGCGUACAACUCACGGAGCGAAAGCUGUUUACUCUUGUCGUGAGAAUUAUACCCUCGUUGGAGAACCUGAGAGGACUUGCGGAGACGAAGGUUUAUGGGGCGGAGAGACUCCUAAAUGUCUCUUUGACUGGUGUCCUGAUCCUCCUCUUGUUACUGGAGCCACAGUCACUGUCGAUGGACAUAAAGCGGGGUCCCUAGCGUCGUACAUAUGCCAAAAUGGAUUCAUUCUUUUUGGACAGCCGAGCAUGACAUGCACUCUGGGUGGCGUCUGGAGCGGCAAUACACCUUCCUGUAAAUAUGUUGAUUGUGGCACACCGGCUCAACUCUAUAAGGGUUCCUUCAAGUUGCUUAACGGAACAACGACUUAUGAGUCUCUAGCACAAUUCAACUGUGAGCCAGACUACUGGCUGGCAGGAGCUGAGAUAUUAACGUGCAAUCGAGAUGGAAAAUGGUCUCAUGAUAUUCCAGCAUGUGAAUUGAUAACGUGCGACACCCCAGAUGUUCCGCCAGGGGGUUACAUGGAAGCCUAUGAUUAUAAUGUACAUUCAACAAUCGAUUUUCAUUGCGAGAAGGGACAUAAAUUGGUUGGCCAGCACAGCUUAAUAUGUCAACCGGACGGUGAAUGGUCGGGCGAAUCUCCAAAAUGUGAUUACGUUGACUGUGGAAAACUUCAGACGUUACCUUAUGGCAUGGCUGAAUUCCUGAAUAGCACCACUCACUUAGGCAGCGUUGUACAGUACUCUUGCACUGCUAAUUACCGACUCGUAGGUCCUGUAAAGAGAGUGUGCUUGGACACCUAUCAAUGGAGCGAGUUCUCACCUAGAUGUGAAGAGAUUAGAUGCCCUGAACCAAUUGUGGCUGAAAACAGCAUAGUAUCAGUCACUGGUAACGACCGAAUACACGGCCGAACACUCAUUCGUACGUCUGCCAGUUCAAAGCAGACCUACCAGAUCGGGGCUUUGGUGAAAUACCGCUGUGAAAGAGGCUAUAAAGUAGUUGGGGAGAGUUUGUCGACUUGCGAGGACAACGGACAAUGGAGCGGAGUUACACCUCGCUGUCAAUAUGUUGAUUGUGGCAACCCAGCUCGGUUACAAAAUGGCAAGGUGACUCUUGCAACGAAUGCUACAUACUAUGGAGCGGCGGCCCUCUACGAGUGUGAAGAACAUUGGCAACUAGACGGGGUUUCGAGAAGACUGUGCCAAGACAAUGGCACCUGGAGUUCAGAAGCACCUGUUUGCAAAGAAAUAACUUGUAACGAUCCGGCAAUUCAAAUUAAGGGAAGCAUCGGGCUUAUCGUCGUAACAUCAACAUUAAGUGUCGGCGGUGAAGCUCAUUACCGUUGUGAACGAGGUUACAGUUUAAAGGGAAAUCAGACUCGUACUUGCUUACCAAAAGGGCAAUGGAGUGGAGGGCCCCCUGUUUGCUUCCCUAUUGAUUGUAAAUCCCCGGGAACUAUGGAGAAUGGGCGCAUAAUCAUAUCAAAUAGCUCUACGCAAUUUGGAAGUUCUAUCGAGUACCACUGUCUUCCGCAAUAUCAGAGAGUCGGACCCUUCCUACGUAAAUGUCUAGAUGAUGGAAAGUGGUCAGGAGAGGAACCCCGCUGCGAGCUGGCUAAAAAUGAAGUUGCAGAAAGCGGAACUCUACCACUGAGCGUUGGAGUUGGCUGCGGCAUAGUUCUCUUCCUAUUGAUGUUACUCGGAGUCAUUUACCUAAGACUUCGCAAAGCUACACCUGUAAAGAAUACUGAAAACAUAGAAGGUGCUGAGAGAAAAGAAGAUCAAAAUGCAGCCGUGAUGAGUUAUGCUUCACUACAUGAUACACAUGGAAGGAAUAUAUAUGACCACGUGACUGACAACCUAUAUGAUUCUCCCUACAGUGGAAGCCUCGCGGAAAACUCUGCUUAUGGACGACGAAGCGACACUGACUCAGCUUACGAGCCAGAACCUACCGGCCCUAACGCAGUGGUCACUAUAAAUGGUGUUGCUGUUCGUUGA